UCUGCUUGCCUCUACCUCCCAAGUAUUAAAGACAGGUACCACCAUGCCUGGCCUGCAUCUUUGUUUUCUUGUCUCAAACAUAAGCUGACCCCAGUGUGGAUCAGGGAAAGUGGCCUGACCCAGCAACUGCUCUGAACCCUAAGUCAGAUCUGAGGUGCCUGUGUUAUGAAGGAGUCCAAGAUGAGGGGCUAUACUCUCCCUCUUGCUGGCCAGCCCACGUGGAUGUAUGCUUUCUGAACCUCCAUUUCCCCACCUGCCAGAUGAGCCCGGGUCGUUCACGAGCCGUGAGCUGCAUGAGGGUUGAAUAUCCCCACAAGUUUAUCUUGGUCAUUUUUUUGUUGUGAGUCCUCACCAGGAUCCCAGAAUCAGGAGCUGUCCCUUUAACAAGGAGGAGGGGCCAGGCCCUGGUAGCGGAAGCUGAUCUGGUAGUCUGGCAGUCCAGAUUGGUCUUGGCUCGGCUAUCCUUUGGGAAGGGCAUCAGUGUGCCGCUGGAAUGGAGGAAGCCUUGGCAGAGCCUUUCCACAGGGUCACACCCCUGCUGGAGAGCUGGGCGCUGUCUCAGGUGGCAGGCAUACCCGUCUUCCUCAAAUAUGAGAACGUGCAGGUAGCUGGCUCCUUUAAGAUCCGGGGCAUUGGACAUUACUGUCAGCAGAUGGCCAAGAGGGGAUGCAGACAUCUGGUGUGCUCCUCAGGGGGCAACGCGGGCAUUGCGGCGGCAUACUCGGCUCAGAAGCUGGGCAUCCCCAUCACCAUCGUCCUCCCAGAAGGCUCCUCCUUGCAGGUGGUGAGGCGGCUGGAGGGAGUGGGGGCCGAGGUCCAGCUAACUGGGAAGGUCUGGGAUGAAGCCAACGUCAAGGCACAAGAACUGUCCACAAAGGAUGGCUGGGUGUACGUCUCCCCAUUUGACCAUCCCCUGAUAUGGGAAGGCCACGCCAGCCUAGUGCGGGAGCUGAAGGAGUCACUGGGGACCCCUCCAGGUGCCGUGGUGCUGGCCGUGGGGGGCGGAGGACUCUUGGCGGGUGUGACUGCUGGCCUGUUGGAGGUAGGCUGGCAGCAUGUGCCCAUCAUUGCCAUGGAGACCCGUGGGGCACACAGUUUCAACGCGGCUUUGCAGGCAGGCAGGCUGGUCACUCUGCCAGACAUCACCAGCGUAGCCAAGAGCCUGGGAGCCAAGACGGUGGCUGCACGCACCUUGGAGUGUGCAAAGGAGUGUGAGGUCCUCUCUGAGGUGGUAGAAGACCAGGAUGCUCUCAGAGCUGUGCAGAGAUUCCUGGACGACGAGCGCAUGCUGGUGGAGCCUGCCUGUGGUGCUGCCCUGGCUGCCGUCUACUCUGGCAUUCUGCAGAAGCUCCAGGCUGAGGGCCGCCUGAGCCAGGCCCUGGCUUCAGUCGUGGUCAUCGUGUGUGGUGGCAACAACAUCAGUAGCCAACAGCUUCAGGAUCUGAAAAUUCAGCUGGGCUGCAGCUGAAGAAUCCUAGGGACCCCAGAGGUUUCCAGCGGUCCUGCCCUCUUCCUUCAGGUAGCCCUCCUGGAUUGCUCUCAGUGGCUCCCUGCAGUCCAGUGAAUAAACCUACCUGAGCUGAGCAUUUGA